AGGUAAUUUUUUGUAAUUAAAGAACAAAAUUAAUUAAAUCAAUUUUUUCUCUAUAGAUUUACCAAUAUAUAAUAAUACAACAAAUGAUAAUGAUUGUCAUAAGGAAGAUUUAUCAAAUGCAUUACUUAGUAAAGAAUCAGUUGAUAUAAAUGGACUUCUUGGUACAACAAGUACAAAUAAUAAUAAUAAUAAUAAUCUCAAUAGUGAUGAAUUAUUAAAUGCGUAUCCUAAUGAAAAUCGAUCUGAUUCUAAUUUACCUUUGAACGAUUUAAUCUCAAAUAAUGAUCCUUGUUCUCCAGAUUUAUCCGAUGCAUUACUUUUUGAAAGACAAUCUGAUCAAAAUUCAUUUGUUAAUAAUGAUUCAUUAGAACCGAUUGCAAUUGGAGAUUCAAUGCCUUUACAAAAUAAUUCUUCAUAUUCAAUUCAAAAUUCAACACAACUAAAUAAAGAAUGUAUUUGUUUGUAUUUUUCACGUGAUGUAAAACCUGAACAAAAAGAUAUUUAUAAAUCUGAUAAAUUCAAUCAAAAAGAAGAAACAAAACCCAAUGGUUAUAUUACACGUAUACAAGGCAUUAAAACAUCUGCACAAAAAAUGCUUUCAGUAUGGCCAACAAUUCGUAUUCCAAAAUCAUUUCGAAAUAAACGCAAUCUACGUCUUGCUGUUUUUGUUGUCUCAGAAAAAUUACAAAAUGGAAUACGAAUUUGGUUUAAACAUCGUGAUAAAGGAUUUUUACCAAAAGGUUUUACACGUGAUACAGCAUCUGUUAAUCCUAUUGAAUUUGAUAUUAAUGAAAAUAAUUUAACACUUGAAGGCGAUUUUAAAUUAGAUUUACAAAUGACAACUUUAUGGGAUAAAUUAAAAGAAUGUCAACCAUUAUAUCAACUUGAUGAACAAUCAACAAUAAAAUUACAUCCAGCAGAACAUGAAUCAUUAUCACCACGUUUAUUUUGUAUUCUUAAGGAUAAUUAUCGUUGUUAUGACGAUACAAUUUGUUUAUCGAAUUUUAUUCGAUCAAAACAACCUUCAAAACGAAAUUUAAUCAAUGCUGACAUUACAGUUCAAACUUGUGCAACAGUAUCUAAACGAACAAAAAAAUAA